GAAAUCGGUAGGAAGUCUUCCCGCUACAAAUAGGGUUCGGACCGGGCGCGGUUCAAGGCUGCUGGCUGUCUUACUCGGCACUCUAUAGCAUCCUUUGAUCUGUUCGUCCGUGGACUCGGCAACGCAUUAAGGCACACGGACACGCGCCCCAUCCAGCCGGCACACAAGUGGUCUAACCAGACCACCAGACCAGACCCCACACCAUGCCGCAGCCCGGACCGCCCUCCGCCUCCGGGCCGGGCGCCAGUGCAGGCGGCGCCGCAUUUGCCGCCGCCGCCGCCGCCGCCGCCCCAGUUGUUGAGGACGACAUUGGCGGCGCCUCCUCCUCCUCCUACGCCGCCUCCCCCGCCGUCGUCCGGCCGCCCACCUUUUCCGACUUCAUGCCCUCCCUGGGCGGCGCGGGUGGCAUCGUCGCCGCCGCCGCCGCCCUGACCUCGCACGAACCGACAACAGGCGCGGAGGCAGCAGCAGCAGCCGACUCCUUCUCCUACUCCUACUCCUCCAUCGCCGCCGCCGGUGCCUCCCCCGUGCCCCUCAGCGGCCCGGCCCCCCAGCCGCGCGGCUCCUCGCCUCCGCACCUGCACCCCUCGCACCCGCACGCCCGCACGCCCUCUGCUGGGCAGAGCCGCCUGGGCCGCUCUACCUCCCCGCACUCCCUGCAACCCCACCAACAGCAGCAGCAGCAGCAGCAGCAGCAGCAGCAGCAGCAGCAGCCGAUCUCGAUUGAAGCCGGCGUCAACGGCAACGGCAAAGGCAACAUCGGCGGCGGCGGCGCGGGCGUGGAUCUACAGCCGCCGGCUUCCGGCAUUGGUGCGGCCGGCGGCGGCGGCGGCGGCGGCGGCGCAGUUGGUGUUAGCCCCACCUCCGCCACCAGCACCAGCACCACCACCACCACUGUCACCACCACCGUCGUCACCGCCUCAGGCAGCAGCCCCGGCCCCGGCCCCGGCCCCAGCCCGUUCUUCGUGCCCUCUGCCUUUGAGGCGGCGCCCGCCAAAGCGCUGCUGCUGCAGGCCCAUCUGGAGAUGCUGGCGGGCGGCGGCGACGGCGGCGGCGGCGGCAGCUCCGUUUACGCGCCCAUGCCGCCGGAUGCAAUCAUGGCGGCGGCAGCGGCGGCGGCGGCGGCGGCGGCGGCGGCGGCGGCGGGUGGGGACGGCGUGUCCGCCUUUCCCGGCCCAGUGCCCUACCCGCCCUACCCGGCCCUGCCCCCGCACCUGCACCCCCAACCCCACCCCCACCAGGGCGGCGGCGGCGGCGGCGGCGGCGGAGCAGGAGCCGCCAAUUACGAGUACGGCACCGAAGGCGGCAAUGGCGGCGGCGGCGGCGGCGGCGGGAUGCUGGGGUCUGGCCUGGCUUCUGCGUCUGCGUCUGCGGGGUCUCUGCUGCUGGCGGGUCCGGGCUCGCUGUGUGCGGGGCUGCCGCGAUAUGUGCGGCACCCGCCCGUGGAGGCGGUGGUGUUC